AUGUCGGACCCAGCGUCAGGAAGCCCCAAGGCUGAAGUCUGCAUCGACUCUGCACUCAUCAGCUGCCUGACCCUGGGCCCCUCAUCACUUUCAGACCGUCUUCUCCUCUGCAAAAUGGGGACAGAAGAGCAUCUGCCUCCUAGGGUCACUGUGAGAAUCAAGCGGCAGGGGGGCAUGGCAUUGGCUGGCAGGGGUGUCCCAGGCCAGGGGAAUCUUGGAAGGCCGUGUCCAUUCAGCAUCGACCACAUCUUGUCUAGCCCUCCCCCGACGGCCUUGCCCCCCUUUGGCCCGCAGACCCAGGCCAAGGGUCCUGAGCCUCCCAGGGGGUCCCACUCUCCUGGAGCCCUGCCUGAGGACCCUGAGGAGCUGGGGGAGCCAGGCCUGGCAGCCUGUGGUGUCUGCUGCUGCUGUGCCCACCAUGCCAGUGCCCACAAUCUGCAGGAGCCUACUGUCUGGCUGGAUUCCAGGUUUCCUUGGCCACUGAGGCUGCUUCCUGCUACUGGCCGGGUAUGCAAGGGGUCCCGGGGCCCCCCAGCUGGGACCCUGCCCCCAUUCCAGCCCCUGCAAAGAAGAACCCGGAGGCACCGAACCAUCUUCAGUGAGGAGCAGCUGCAGGCGCUGGAGGCCUUGUUCCUGCAGAACCAGUACCCAGAUGUGGUGGCCCGGGAACAUCUGGCUAACCGCAUCCACCUCAAAGAGGAGCGUGUGGAGGUCUGGUUUAAAAACCGUCGGGCCAAAUGGCGGCAUCAGAAGCGGGCAUCAGCCUCGGCCCUCAUUCUGCAGGGCACUAAGAAGGCCCCCAAGGAGAGCUGCUGA